UGUGUCAUUUCUCAGCAAGACUACUUGUAAACGGAGACACGUCGCAUUCACGAUUCGAUUCGGGACCGGCUGAGUAAACGUUACGGGUGGGUACGUGAAGGCAACGUCAACUUGGUGCGUUGGGUGCAGAGUUUUGGUUCGAGAUCAAGGUCUUUAGACUGCGGAGGCCUGUGUGAAAAAAAAAUCGAGAUAAACCCCGAAAUCUUUAGUGCGGAAAACUGUAAUAGUCGGCUAGGUAGCUAUGUAUUUUCGUCGGAUUUUGCGGACACAGUUCGUCGGGACCGGAACGGCCCACCUCAACCGUUUGCACCGUGUUUGUCGAGUCGAGAGACCGCUGUGCACCAAAAGCGACGAGGUGAGGCUGGCGGAGGAGGCCAGCAAGAAGUACGGCUCCCCGGCGCCAACCAUCUUCUCCAAAGUGAUCGACAAAAGCAUCCCCGCAGAUAUCAUUUAUGAAGAUGACAAGUGCUUGGCGUUCAGGGAUAUCACCCCGCAGGCCCCUGUUCAUUUCCUGGUCAUUCCAAGGGUCCCGAUUCCCAGAAUAAGUGAGGCCAAAGAUGAUGAUGCUGAGCUCUUAGGACAUUUGUUGAUCGUCGCCAAAAAUGUGGCAAAGCGGGAAUCUCUAGAUGAAGGAUACAGAGUGGUGAUCAACAAUGGAAAGCACGGCGCCCAGUCAGUUUACCACCUUCACAUCCACGUCCUGGGAGGAAGACAGAUGACAUGGCCACCCGGAUAAUGGUGUCGUGUGUGUGUGUGUGUGUGUGUGUGUGUGUGCUAAUUGGUCUCUCAGCUAAGGCUACUUUCACGUGUUUAAUGCGAUGAGUGUAACACGAUAUAUAUAUGAUGGGUGCAGUUAAUCCAGAGGUUUGUACUCUCGUCCCACUCCCUGAACACAAAAUUUGAAAUGUAAAUAUGUUGAUCUUAACAAAUGUAAAAAUCAGUUGUAAAAAUGAAGAGUAAAGACAUUAUGUUUGAUAUGGCUGCAAAUAAAGACACUGUGGCUCAAAUGGAAAGCGGAAAACCCAACUCAGUUCU